CAAAGUGAGACAGUGCAGACAGAUGCUGUGUACAAUCUGGAGUGGUUACAGAAACAAAUGGCAGGAAGAAACAGUGGGGACUCAGUUGUUCCCAACUCCAGGAUUCUGCGCAGGUUGUUCUCCUCGGCCAUGGCCCAUCGUCUGAGAGCCCAGUCCCCCCACAAGUACAGGAACGCGCUGCUCCUGAGGGAACACCUGGAUAUCCUGUACACCAUCUUCCACGGCAAGGCUCCACAGGAGACUGCCAACCCCUUCCUUCUCAGUCUCAUUGAAGAGUACAAAAAGAUGAAGCCUGCAGAGGCAACAGGUACAUCGGAUUCUUCUAUUUCUGGCACAGCUACUGAUACAGCAUCAUUGUCUUCAAACUUACCAAGUGUGCAGGCUCCUGUAGACAGCUUCUCAUCUGACAAGAAAGACAGCUGUACAGCACAGACACAGCAGAAGGACAGUAAGGACAGCAAUAUCAAUGCUGAAACACAGGACGAGAAUCCAAAAGCUGUCCAAGCCAGUAGAGGUGACAGUAGAACUGUAGAAGAAGGUGAUGGCAGCACAAGUACCAUAGCUGGCCAUCCUGCCAACAAGGUGCCAACAAAGAAAGUGACAACCAGGAUGGGCAAUCGCUGCUACUCUUGUUUUGAGUGUUAUGACGUCUUUAAGAAUUCCAUUGAGUUGAGGAUGCACUUCCUUCUCCAUCACCCCUCCCACCUUCCCUACAUUGAUGGAGAAGACGACAUCUUGGAGGCCAGACAGGUCAUCCAGGCCACGGUGGAGAGAGGAGAACACAUUGACUUUCGCUCCAUCUCCCUGCAGUUUCCCGACAUCACAGAGGAGGAGUUUAAGAGGACCAAAAACAGCUGCAUGUCUCUAAAGGACAAGAUACAAACAACUGUUCAGGGCCUGCUACCUCUAACACACAGUAUCAAGUUUGCACAGAACCCUGUGUCAGUGACAACAGUAAAUAGUGCUGGGGUACCAAAGUCAGUGUUAAAUGGCAGCGGAGAACUCUCUGAUGGAAAUAGAGAAACUGCUCUAGAUUUGUCAGCUAAAGGUAAAUGCGAUGCGAAUAUUGAAGGUGCAGAAAGAAAACCAUAUGUGCCAAUGCAGAACCAUGGUAAAAAGACCUGGGAGGCUAAGGAUAGUACCCCUUCUGCAUUAGAAGUCCAAAAUGAUAAAGGUCCAAAGCAGUUAAGUGUUAAAGUGAAACAAGAACCCAAUGAUCUGCAUGAGUACGGACAGGAUGUCCAGAAUGAGGAAAGUUCACCAGCUCCUUCUAAACUACUUCAGGAAAAAGUGAAGAAAGAGACUGUAGACAAAGGUGUGGAUCCAGUUCCAUUGAGCUUCUACUUGAAACAGGCUGCAAACGCAGGAAAGAAUGCCGACUUACGAAAAGGUCUCAGUGGUAACUCACAGAUUCCCGGCACAGAUACAAAGAUGGGAAUAAAAAGAAGAUUGGAUGAGCAUGAUGAAGGAUACCUUGUGGAAAAAACAUCAUCUACCAGGAGGAAGAACACCCGACCAAAGCGGAUGAGAGUUGACAGUAACUCAUGGGAAGAGGCAGGUAUGGGCACUGGGACAGAGAAGGGUGUUGAAGACAUACAACCAUUGACUGACCAGGGACUGAAAGACUUUCAGACCCUGACCUCAUCAAAUUGCGACAAUAGCUUGAGUGAAGAAGUUCUGGAUAAAAGUGCUAAGGGGAAAACAGCAGCUUUAUUUAAAGUUAAGAUGUGUGUGGAUUGCAACAAGACCUUCAGAAGCCACGUGGACCUCAAAAUGCAUGUGUUACGUCACCACCCAGAGAAGCUUCCCCUGCUGAACUGGCCAGCUGAUGACUUUCCCGGCACCAAACCUCCUGAUGGCCCCGAUGUGGCUGGAGGAGAGGGCAGACCUGGGCUGAUCUACUGCACAGAAUGCGAGUCCACGUUCAAGAUGUUCAUGGAUCUGAAGAUGCAUGUGAUGCGGGUUCACCCGGAAAAGCUCCCCGACUUUGAGUGGCCCAACAGGGACCAGAUGAAAAAAAGGGGCAACCCUUACAGACGAAGCAAGAGAGCAAGGCAACCACACUAUAAACUGAAGAGAGGGAGAAGUAGGUCUCCAAAGGGAAGAAGUCAUGAAAGAGAUCUAGAAAUGACUGGAUUGGAGUCUGAUAGACCAGAGGAGGAUCAGUUUGCUCAGGAUGGGUCCUUGGACUUGAGGAUAAGGAAGUCUAUAAAGCAAGAAGUGAGCGGUGAAAUUUUAGACCUUAGUGUGCACAAAGUUCCAAGAAACAAUGAAGUAAACAGUUACAGCGAGCCCUCGGCAGAUGGCUCUGUGCUGUCAACAUCGUAUGAACAGUUCACAAAAGUGCAGAGCAGAAAGCGAGGACAUAGAUGUUCUCUAUGCCAUCAGACAUUUGCAUUGCUUGUAGAGCGCAAAAUGCACGAUCUGCAGUGUCACCCAGAGAGGCUGUCAGACUUCAACCUGAGGGAUGUACAACACCCCAGCACUACUGCAGAUCAUCAACUAAUGGAUCUGUGGACAAAAGAAGUGCCUAAAGGAAGGGGUAAGAACAAGUAUACCAGAAAGUGCCCUAUAUGUACCAAAGAAUUUAGAUCCCUGAUGAUGUUGAAGAAGCAUGCACUGGCAAAGCAUCCUGGGGGGCUUGCUGAAGUGUGCAGAGACAGUGCCCCUGUUGGUGAUAGCAGUGUGUUAUCAUUUGUACCUGGCCCAGGCAGAGUGAAGGAUUCUUCCAAGGGAGCAAGCAGCAGUAACUAUAAUGAGAUCAUAGCAGCCAACACCAAAGUUCACAGAGCAAGGGCAAUGAAGCGUAAAUGUCCAGCCUGUGGUGCUUAUUUCAAGGCCCUGUCUCGUCUGAAACAGCACGUCCUGUUGGAACAUCCAUCAAAGCUCGGGGAGGUCUGCGAACCAGACGAUGAACCUCCGUACAGACUUCCUCCACCGAGCGCGCCCACGGUCGUGUCGUGCUCGGAGUGUGGCGCAGGGUUCGGCACUCCCAUCGAGCUGAAGAGUCACUUCCUUAAACAGCAUCCUGCCAAGUUCACGGACGUGUUGAGGCCUUUGGCAUCUGAUCCUGUAGUGAAGAGAUUUGGUGAGUUUGUUGUCCUGAAAGACAGUGUACCGUACAGACACCUGUGUGAAGAGUGUGGCAUGGGCUUCAGCACACCUGAGGCAAAGAUGACGCAUCUGCAGGUGGAGCACCACACCCGGGGAAACAGCUACAGCGCUGCCCUGCAGGUGCUGGUCAAUACAAGAGCCAGCAAGUUUCGGGGAAAGAUGCAUCUCUGUCCCCAGUGUGGUACAGGCUUCAGCACGGAGAUUGAACGGAAGCGGCAUGUUCUGGAACACCAUCCAGGGCAAUUUGCACAGUUUGCUGAGGUAACGGAUCCUUUGAACCUGAAAGUGACAGAGCCUGUACAUGCAUCCAGCGAAGGUGAAAAGACGAAACCCGUGCAGCUUAGCAAGCUCAGUGGGUACUCCAAGAAGACUCUGUGGGGUAUCCCCUGCCCUGCUAACUGUGAGACACGUUGUAAGACAUGGCUAGAUCUCAAGAAGCACGUCCUGAUGUACCACCCCUCAUUCUUUGGAGAAGUCUGCAGGUACAGUCAAGAGGACAUAACCAAACUAGUCCUGGAAAAAACGUCAACUGUAAAGAUGGAAAAGACCAGUGCGCCUCCUGAAGACUUCAACACCGAAGAUGGGAAUAUUGAAAAAACUCUGUCGACCGGACACAGGCUGAUACAGGCUGCACUGUUAGGGUCUUCUGUACAUCAGAGUGAAGUCAGUAAUGAUAAAACUGUCGACCAGGAACAUGUUGUGAAAAAGGAAAGGUUAGACCACAGCAGUAGCUCAUCCAACGGUUUGACUGAAACCAAUGGAAAAGGAGAUUUGCUGCAGAAAGCCAACACCCGGCACAUAAGGCGACACUGGUGUUCGGAAUGCCACAUGCCGUUCUCCAACUUCUUGGACCUGAAGUUUCACGUCAUGAUGAAACACCCCGACAAACUUCUCACACUGAACAUUCCUGAGAAGAAGACACAGCAACAAGCAGCAUCCUCUCCAGGGUUGGACCCAGUGGAUGACAAAGAAUCUCAGGACACUAUACCCAGUACAAAUGUUGGGAAAACAACACUGCACAGAGUGCUGCAUAAACGUGGCAAGAACAUGCAGACAGAGGAAAAAGAUCCACCACACAAGGAUCUCCCAGAACAAGUGCAGGCACACGCAACUACUAAACGGCUCCUCCUUCCUAAACCAGGAAAGGCGUGGACCAAAAGUCAGCUGAUGCGACUAAAACAGAAAAGUCUGUCAGAAGAGGCCACAAGAACCAAGUAUUCCAGAAAAGUGAGGUGGCAGUGCCCUGAAUGUAAAAGUCUGUUCGACCAUUUUCUAGGUCUGAAGGCACAUGCUGUGGAAAGUCAUUCCUUCAUGUUACCCUUGCUUGAUCCAGAAACCACGAAAAUCAGACUUGACAGGAAGGCCUCUAAAGACUUCAUGGGAGAAACAGAAACUGUUCCAAGUACAUGCUAGGAUAACACACAGUUGCAGGCUGCUCUUUAAUUAAGCCCCUGUUACACAUUCAGAACCUGACCACCAACUAACCAAGGUUGGCUGAUUUUGGGGAGCAGAUUUAGGCCACACCUACCUUUUUACACAAAUUGAGUCAAAUUUGAGAUUAUUGAGUCAAGCUUGGCCCUCAAUUAUGCCCUGACCACUUGUGAUCUACUCAUAAACACCAGCCAACCAUGGCCGAACCUUGUCCACACCUGAAUGUUUCAAACAUUUUGAAACAUUCAUCUGGUGCAGCCAAACAGUAACAAAUCUCACUGAACACCAGCCAACCACAGCUAACCUGGCUCCCGACCUACUCCUAACCAUGGU